AUGUACUUACCUUUAUUAGAAGAUGUAAAUAAAAUAAAAACAUAUAGUUGGGGGUCCGCAACACUAGCGCACCUAUAUCGGUCUUUAUGUAACAACUCAAUAGCGAAUUCGGGAAACUGGAUCGGAUGUGGUGUUCUUCUUCAAGCAUGGGGUUGGUCAAGAAUGACCAAUCUAGCACCUAUCCAACAAAAUAAUUUUGAAUUCCCAUUCGCUAAAAGGUGGUCUUCGCUUGGAAUGAAUUAUGACAACUGUCCACAUUACAGUAUCACGCAGUACAGAAAUCUUAUUGAUCACUUGGGUCAAGAUGAUUUCAUUUGGCGGCCAUAUCUUGGUCUAGAAGCCUUUCAUGAAGUUGAACGACAAGACUCUGCGGUGUGGAGUGCAAAGGUGCCGAUUAUCAACUUCACCACCGUGGAAAUGCACAACAGUGAUCGUGUGAAACUUCAAUUUGGAAUGCUUCAAGAUAUUCCAUGUCCGCCAAAGUGCAUCCCCGAAAAAUAUCACACUGGUAAAGUCUCUGACCAAUGGGAAUAA